CUUCCGGCGGGAGGUUGUGUUUCCGGGUUAGCGUGUCCAUACCGCUCCCUGGUGUCGGCGGAAUCGGUGCGGCCCCGGAAGCGGCCUCGCCGGCGGGGGCAGGAAGAGGGACCCGGCCCCACAGGAGUUGCAGCGCCCGCGAGGCCUGUAAGUUUGUCCAUGGAGCAGCAUGGCGAGAAGAAGAUAGCAUAAUAAGGUGGUGGAGUUGUGGACAGGAUGGCCUUCCUGGACAACCCAGCAAUUAUAUUGGCUCAUAUUCGGCAGUCACAUGUGACCAGUGAUGACACAGGGAUGUGUGAAAUGGUCCUGAUAGAUCAUGAUGUUGACCUAGAGAAAUUCAAUCCUUCUUCAGUGACUGGAGACAGUGGUUCGGAAAUUCAGGGAAGCAAUGGAGAGACUCAGGGUUAUGUAUAUUCCCAAUCAGUUGAUAUUACCUCAAGCUGGGACUUCGGUAUUAGAAGACGAUCAAAUACAGCUCAGAGACUAGAACGACUACGAAAAGAGAGACAAAAUCAAAUAAAAUGCAAAAACGUUCAGUGGAAAGAGAGAAAUGCUUCUUGUUCAGCAGAAGAGCUAAGCUCGUUGUUUGAAAAAAAGAAUUUCAGAGUAAAGUCUCCACAUUCUGGGAAGCAGUCGUUACUGUCUGUGCGACUUGAACAGUGCCCGCUGCAGUUGAACAACCCUUUCAAUGAGUACUCAAAAUUUGAUGGCAAGGGUCAUGUUGGUACAACUGCAACCAAAAAAAUUGAUGUCUACCUCCCAUUGCACACAAGCCAAGACAAACUGCUGCCAAUGACAGUUGUGACGAUAGCAAAUGCCAAGGUGCAUGACCUGAUUGGACUAAUAUGCUGGCAAUACACGAGUGAAGGACGGGAACCCAAACUAAAUGACAAUGUCAAUGCCUACUGUCUCCAUAUUGCUGAGGACGAUGGUGAGGUUGACACAGACUUUCCACCCUUGGAUUCCAACGAACCCAUUCAUAAAUUUGGCUUCAGCACUCUGGCAUUGGUUGAAAAGUACUCUUCUCCAGGGCUGGCAGCUAAACAGUCACUCUUUGUUCGAAUAAAUGCUGCUCAUGGAUUCUCACUUAUUCAGGUGGACAGUAUGAAGGUCACCAUGAAGGAUAUCUUACAAAAGGCCUUAAAGCGGAGGAAGGGAUCACAGAGGGGUUCAGGUCCUCAGUAUCGUCUGGAGAAGCAGAGUGAACCCAAUGUCCCAGUAGACUUAGACUGUACCUUGGAGAGCCAGAGCACUUUGGAAUUCUGCCUUGUCCGAGAGAACAGUUCAAGAGGAGAAGAGAUCUCAGAGGAAGAUCCUCAGAUCGAUAUAGCUACAGUUCAAGAUAUGCUUAGUAGCCACCAUUACAAGUCCUUCAAAGUCAGCAUGAUCCAUAGGCUUCGGUUCACAACUGAUGUUCAGUUAGGUAUCUCUGGAGACAAGGUAGAGAUAGACCCUGUUACUAAUCAGAAGGCCAGCACUAAGUUUUGGAUUAAGCAGAAACCCAUUUCGAUCGAUUCUGAACUCCUCUGCGCCUGUGACCUUGCGGAAGAAAAAAGCCCAAGUCAUGCAAUAUUUAAACUUACAUAUCUAAGUAAUCAUGACUACAAACACCUCUACUUUGAAUCAGAUGCUGCUACCAUCAAUGAAAUUGUCCUGAAGGUUAACUAUAUUCUAGAAUCCCGAGCAAGUACAGCCAGAGCAGAUUAUUUUGCUCAGAAACAAAGAAAACUGAGCAGGAGAACAAGCUUUAGCUUCCAGAAGGAGAAGAAAUCAGGACAGCAGUAAUGUCUAGCCUAGAGCAAAAAACUGUCCACACAAUUCGAAGAAGGAGAAACUCCCAACAGCCUGAAACAGGUGGGAGCCAGAACUACAGAGCUCUUGCUGCCAACAGGCAGGAGCAGCCAAGGAAGAGAAUCAGGAAUACGCAGUUUCUCAUGAUGAACAGAUGACCCCGCUUUGGUUAGGGGAAGUCUCCCUUAUGACAAAAACAAAGAGCCAUAUCAGCCGGAAGGAGGACUGUGACACUUACGAUUCCUUUGAUUAGAAACGAGGAGGAUGUAGGCUGGCAUCGUUUAAGAACUAUAUUAUGUACAAUCACAAGGAAAGAUGUGGUUACAAAUUAUUUCACAGCCUGAUAAAGAUAAAUUCUAUACAUCUGUUCUAUACACACACGCGCACACACAGGUACUGCUUGUGACAUGAUCAAAUUUCUAAAAAUGAAAUGUAUCCGUUUUUACUAUUAAUAAAGGUGUAAUCUUUCUCCCAGGUUAUUUCAUGCACAGUUCUUUGGAUGGGUAGCGUUAAGCUACAGACUGUUGUCUCGUGUUUGCGUCCAGGGACAGUGGCGCAGUCACUGCACACAGUGGAUUCUUGAAGAAAUGUUUAUACAGCCAAGUCUGGGUUUUUUUCAAGCACAUUUAGCAGCUGCAUUUUUCUGCUUUGAAGACGUCUUGUUGGAAGUUAUUUACCUCCAGUAAACUUUUAUUUUGAAAACCAUGGCAGCUUUUCUGGAAUGGAAUGCCAAGAACCUUUCUUCUUGGCGAUGGGGUCUCCAGUAAUUAUGAGUGGCUGAAUCAGCAGAGAAAUUCCUGCUCAUUGGACUGAGUUUCUGGUCUGUCUCUCAGAGAGUUUUCACCUGAGGAUUGAGAAAUAACUUUACUUUUUCUUUUGUAUUAACAUUAGUAAACGUUUUAUAAAUCGAAAUGAAGACUUAGUUUGUACUGGGAUUUGUAACUGUUCCAGCUUUGCCCAUCUCUACAGAGUUGGGUGCCAUAUUUCUGAGGGUAGUGGGAAUUGUAGCUGCCCUUUUGUGUUCAUUUUGGUUCGCCAGAAAUGUCUUUUAUGAAUUUCUGUAUGUUGUUAAAGAUAAGAGCUCUGGGACCCUGUUACUCUCAAUUUUGUAUCAAGUGGAUGCAUAUGGCUGUGCUAAGAACACUUGGCAGGAUUCUGCACGGAAGAAUGAAGAAAAACCUCCUCCAGAAAUCUGCAACACACACUGAUUUCUGCUGGUUAGACCAAAUAUUUUCUCCAUGUUCUAUUGCCUUGCAGUGAGAUUGACCUGCAGACAAUUUAACCUGUUAGAACUUCUUUCUUUGUUUUUGUAUUAAAAAUUUUUCUCUCUCUGAGCCUUAAUGUAUAGUUUAGGAAUAAACACUAAGGCAGAUAA